GUUAUUAGAAAAUUAAAUUUCAGUUUGAAUCUGGAGUUCGGAGGCAAACAAAACUACGGAGAAUUGACAGCGUGCAUUUGAUUUCAGUUGAAGUGGAAUUAAACUGGCGGAAACCAGAAAAAAAUUUAAAAAAGUUUGAAACAUGAUUGAUAAAACGAAAGCAAAGGAAAUAAAUUUGCCACAUCUCGGGCAACGACAUGUACAAAUUUUCAUGUUAUUUACCUCGAUUAUUGUUAAUUAUAUCACUAGAUUCAAUUCGGGUGUAGCUGUGGUGGCCAUGACCAAUGCGGCGACUACGAAUCCCAACUUUCCGGAAUACAAGUGGAGUGACAUGGAGAAGUCGUAUAUCUUAUCCAGUUUCUUCUGGGGUAAUUUCAUCACACAAUUCCCCGGCGGUUAUCUCUGUCGACGCCUAGGUGCCAAACGCACUAUGCUAAUUGCAACAUUAGGUUCAUCGCUUUUAUCUCUGCUACCACCGCUCUGCGUUAGAUGGGGCGGUUGGGGUAUUUAUUGUGGCAUACGCAUAGUGCAGGGGCUCUUCCAAGGUUUUCUCUUUCCCUGCAUACAUGCACAUCUCGCAGCCUGGUGUCCGGUGAAUGAACGCAAUCGUUUGGGCGCGCUAGCUAAUACAGGUAUUGAAUGCGGUACACUGCUCUCCAUCUUCAUAAGCGGUAUAAUAGCGGCUUCAGCCAUCGGUUGGCCAGGUUUGUUCUACGUCUCUGGUGGUAUGGGUUUAAUGUGGUGCGUCGUUUGGCUUUUAUUGGGCGCCAAUAACCCAGCCGAGUCGAAAUUUAUUACAAAAGCCGAACUUGAUUAUAUUGUGUCAUCGCAGAAUAGCACGAAGAAAGUAGAGUCCGAUGAAAGAGCGCAAAAGAUACCAGUACCUUGGCAUGCUAUAUUGACUUCAUUGCCAUUUUGGGCUUUAGUCAUUGCACGUUCUGCGCACUCUUGGGGCUUUUCCACGUUACAAGCUGAACUGCCUUCUUAUAUGAAGGGUGUACUCAAUAUGGACAUGAAGAAAAAUGCUUUCUACUCGGCGCUGCCUUAUCUGGCGAUGUGGUGCAUGUCCUAUGUGUAUUUGAUUGUGUCGGAUGUGCUGCUGAAUCGUAAUAUACUCUCACUCACAGCUAUACGUAAGACCUUCAACACACUCGCCUUCUGGACACCGGCUACCGCGCUUUUAUGCGUUGGUCUACUCGGAGAGGAGCAGAAGAAUUUUGCUAUUGUUUUAAUGACACUAAGUGUGGGCAUGAAUGCUGGUGCUACCAUCGGCAGCGCGCUGAACACCAUCGAUCUCUCACCGAAUCAUGCGGGUAUUCUAAUGGGUAUCGUCAAUACAUCGGCUAAUGUGUUACCGAUACUCACGCCACUGUUGGUCGGUGUGGUGGUUAAGGAAGAGCAUAAUCGCGCUCAAUGGCAAUUAGUCUUCAUAAUAGCGGCCGUCGUCUUUGCCUCGGGUAACUUAUUCUAUUUGAUUUUCGGCAAGAUGCACUUGCAGCCGUGGGAUGAUAAAGACUAUCUAUUGAAGAAAAACGAAGAAAAAUCGCAGCUGCCGCCGAAAGAGUGUAGUGAGAAUGCGGUUCCAACUUUAUCAAGCUGAAGUGAGCUACCAAUAUUUGGUAUAUAAGGAGUGCGUGUACAUAAUUAUUUGUUUAAUAAAUGCGAUACUAAAUUUUGUUAUACUUAUACAAUGUUUAAUUAAUAUUAAAUAUAUUCCAUAUUUUAUAUCUCAA